AUGCUUCCAGGAGACAGAGUUCCAGGCAAGGUUCCAGGCAAGGUUCCAGUAGACAGAAUUCCAAGCAAGGUUCCAGGAGACAGAGUUCCAGGCAAGGUUCCAGGAGACAGAGUUCCAGGCAAGGUUCCAGGAGACAGAGUUCCAGGCAAGUUUCCAGGAGACAGAGUUCCAGGAGACAGACUUCCAGGCAAGUUUCCAGUAGACAGAGUUCCAGGCAAGGUUCCAGGAGACAGACUUCCAGGCAAGGUUCCAGUAGACAGAGUUCCAGGCAAGGUUCCAGUAGACAGAGUUCCAAGCAAGGUUCCAGGAGACAGAGUUCCAGGCAAGGUUCCAGGAGACAGACUUCCAGGCAAGGUUCCAGGAGACAGAGUUCCAGGCAAGGUUCCAGGAGACAGAGUUCCAGGCAAGGUUCCAGUAAACAGAGUUCCAGGCAAGGUUCCAGGAGACAUUCCCAUGCUAAGACUUCCGGCUUGGCUGCCACCCUGA